UACCCUUUCAGAACCCUUCCAUUUAACCAGUUUGUUAAGCGAGCUAGCGAAGAUGUCCAUGGAGAAUAUUUCAUUUGUCCAGUAAGUUUACCAGAUAAACUAAGAGAUUAAAACAGUAUUGCCUUUGUUUGUCCUCUUCAGCGUUGCAAUGGACUGGUAUCCCAUCCAUGGAGGGGGGAUAGAACUAUUUGCCACAUGGCUCAUGCAUCACACUUAACCUACCUAGCUAAUGCUAUACAUCCCAAAACCAUAGCUUACAUGUAAGUUGACGACAGCUCUAAUAUGGUACUUCUUCCAUUUCAAUCAAUCAUUAUGCACUUCAAGCAAAUGCAUUUCUUCAAUUGUUAAAUUUUUAAUAACUGCUCUUCAAACUGCAUUAGUUGCUUGCCCAUUAACUCAAAAUGUGUAUGGUAAAUGGAUUAAAAUAUAUUGCUUUUCGUGAAACAUUGUGUUUUACUUUUAAUUUUCUACUCUUAUUCUCGCUCCCUUGGCCAAAAAUGUUACCAAUAUUGUGAAGGUAUAGCACAUGGGUGAAAAAAGAUUUGAAGAAACCAUGUGAUAGAAUAAAAAUAUUUUUCCUUUUAGGAAGAAAAAUACUACCUGAGAUCCAUUGGAGAUGAUCCAAGAAAGGUAAGAAGCAGUGUUGAUGAUGACUAAAUAAUGUCUCCCAAAUAAAUGAUCAACUUGCAUGUGCACAGUGUAUUUUAGUACAGAGGUGAUAAAUUAUCUAAUGUGGCAAUGAUCUUAUCAUGAUGAAAAUGUGAAAUGUCAUCCUAUUGAGAUGUUCAAGUUUUGACAAAACACUUGAUGCCAUUGACUUUUUAUUCUUAUCCACUGACAUCUAUGCAGGGUGUGAAAAUAGUCCCAUCCAGUAGUCUUGGACAGGAAGAUUUUCCUACCUGGGAAAAUAACUUUUAUAGGUUACUUGCCCAAUGGGCAACAGUCCAGGGUACACAUUAUCCUCUAACAAAAUCACUAACUGAGAUGAGCAAGAAGUGGCCACAGGCAAGCAAAAUGCGACAGCUGCUUGCCCAAAGAACAAGCUUGAAUUCAAUUUUCAAGCCCAGCAUAUAAUGACUAAAAAAUUUUUAUGUAAGGGGCUUAAAAUUUGUAAAUACUUUACUUUUCUGCUUUAUUGUCUAGGACAUAUCAGACAUAGCUGUACAGUUUCCUAAACUAGCUCAGGAUAUUAAAAUACCAAAACUCUACCCUGAGGACAGACUCUUUUCCAGCGUGUUUCGAAUAAGCUCGUCUAAUGGCCAGCUGUGGACUCAUUAUGAUGUGAGUAUUCAUAAUGCAAUACUAGGGAGCUUAAGGAACAAUGAUGGCAACAGCAACGAGAACGGCAAAAAAGCAAUAGGUUUAGAUUGGCAAAACAACAACUAUGCAUAUGCGUCAUGCUUUUUUGUACAUUUCUUUGCCGUCAUUGCAUGACUAUGACGUGAAUUGCCUAAUUUCAUGUUUUGUGGAGGACAUGACCACAAUGCAACAACCCUUUUUUUCUUUUCCUGAACUUUGGUACAGGCCUUUAAAAUUCAACUCCUGAAAAAUUCGUCAACAUUUGACAAAUUGAACAAGAUGGAGUAAGCGUGAUUAAGUUUGAAGCUGUGCGAACACAUUUUUAAACUAACAUGUUUGUAGCCAUUGUGGUCAUUGUUGCAUAAGCUCCAUAUUAAAGGAGUUUACAGUAGAGCAUGUCUACAGACUGUACCCCAAAAAUGCCCCCUUUAAUGAGACUCUUCCCAAUUAAUAAUCAGUGACUAUAAUCGCAUGUUUUCAAAAACCACACAGUGAGAUGUUGGGCAACAAGUUUAUUGAGUCAAAGUCAUUAACAAGUACACUAAGUAGUGAGUGACAUCGUAGCUGAAUAAAAAGACUUCCAGAGGAGGGCAGGCUGUGUUACAUGCUUGGCUAUCGAAUCCUGCUUUUCACUGUCCAGUUAUGUAGGGGGUGUCCAGAUAAGCUUUGACGUCAUACAGAAGCAUAUGCUUCUGCAUCAUGUGAGCAACACGUACAUGUAAUUAACCAAAAUCGCUUUUAAGAAUGUAAUUAUUGCAACCCUAAAUUUUUGAGUGGAUUUUGUGGUUUCUGUCAGCAUGAGUUGGCCUGCAUUUUCCACCACAAGUUUUAAUGUUACUUGGUUUCUGGUAUCCUUUUUCAGAUUAUGGAUAAUCUCCUAAUUCAAGUCAUAGGACGCAAACGUGUGGUGCUGUACAGCCCAAGAGAGGCUACAAAACUUUAUUUAAAUGGUGAUAAAUCAGAGGUGCUGGACAUAGAUAACCCAGAUCUGUCUAGGUUUCCUAAGUUCACUGAGGUGAUUCCUUAUGAGUGUUUUAUGGAGCCUGGGGAUGUGUUGUUCAUUCCUGCCAUGUGGUUUCAUAAUGUGAUCUCUCUAGAGGUGAGUGGUUCAUGUAAUAUAUCAAACAUGAGAUGUAGUGUUUCAUCACCAGAUGAAACACUGAGAAGAGAGUUGAAAAUACGACACACAGCAGAGUAUUUUUGACGAACCUCGAGGUGUUUCAUCUGGUGAUGAAACACUGUUUCGAAUUGUUGAUAUUACUUUUCAAACAAAAUUAUUUUAGAAGGAGAAAUUACGGAUGCAAAAAUGAGCAGUUUUUCAAAGACUCAUGAAAGAUUAAUUUUCUUUUGUACUUUCUUUAUGAGUUAUUAAUUAGUUUGAGAAAGUUAUUACCAACUUCGCUAGGUCCCAAAUCUGUUAGUCAAAACUCAAUCACUGUAAAUGAUCUAAUUGAUACCCCCUCCAAAAAAAAACCUCCUACUUAAUUAAGGCCCCCUUUACGAUGCUAAGUUUGUAUUAGAUGCCACUCUCUAAAUAUAGCCCUUAUUUCUUAUAAUAUUGUGAUGUCGAGGUGGCCUCUCUUUAUAAGCCUGGUGGUUUCUUGAGGUCUCCUCGCCUAAAAACCUGCUGUAUCCUGUAAAAUUUGGUGUAACAAAAAGGCAAAUAAAUGAUGAUGAUGAUGAUGAUGAUGAUGAUGAUGAUGAUGAUGAUGAAUAGGCACUCCCUAUAACAAAAUACUAGGAAUUAGCAAAAAGAAGCUAAAUCAUUUAAUUUAUUCCGUUUCUUACACUUUUCUGCGUUCUUGUCUUGAAGUUUGGAGUAGCAGUGAACGUGUUCUGGCGCCAUUUGGACCCCUGUUACUAUGACAGCAAGGACACGUAUGGGAACAAGGAUUUGGUUCCUGCUUCAAGGGCUAUGCAAAUAAUGGACCGUGCAAUUAAAGCUUUAGAUGAACUUCCUGAGGAGUAUAGAGACUUCUAUGCAAGAAGAAUAGUUUGUAAAGUGAAAGAAAAAUGUUAUAGACAUGACCGUAACAGUAGUUAUACUGGAUGUAGUAUAAAUGGAGAAUGA